GGACGAGAUUAGUCGUUCGAAUACAGCGUGCCGACCAAGUGCGCGUUCGUCGAGUGCAGCAGGCCUAGCGUAGUGUUCGAUAAAGUUAAUUUCAUACGUUGGCCGUUUUACGAAGUUAACGUUGUAGUACUUAUCGUCCAGUGGAAAGUUUUGGCAGUUCAACAUGUGAAUUCGUUCGGUUCCUAUCUCUACAGUUUUCUAUUCUGUGUUUUGUUUUCUUUUUUUUUUGUUGACUGACUCUCCGAAGGAUUUCACUGUUUUUUUAUGAUUCGGCCGUUUUAUUGGAAGGUGCGUGUCAGAUAGAUAUGAUAAAAUAUAGAACAGUAUUUUCCGAGAUAUCAGUGACCAAUUCGAUCGUUUAUUCCCGCCACAAGGAGCCACGUUGGCUGAAAGGAAGCUAAUUGGACCACACACGUCUCCCUGGGGUACCCCAAGUUCGAGGAUCGGUACAUGGAAACGGCUGUUAUCUAGACGGCGAAGCAAAGGCCCAAAAACGGCGUCUACAAAAGGUGCCCAGCGCAAAAUCAGGAAGAGGUACCAGAUUCUGAAGAUACCCAGUCAUAAAAUCAAGUCGCACUGGGCCUGGACCACAGAGAUAACGUUCGAACCUGAAACUUCGAUAGUUGGAAAAAUUUCGGACGUAGCAGUGACCAUAAAACAGUGGUGGCGCGAUGUGGGGCUGUGCCCCAGGCCGGCCCCCACUGCGGUAGGGGUACCAGCGUCGCGCCGUAAUCGCAAAGGGGGGGCUUUGCGACACAUGGGCACGUCCUUUAGUAUGUGCAAACUGAAUAACUGCAAAAUUAAGAGAAGCCUACACCUCCGCAGUAGUGGCGACGACUGUCGGAUGCCAGCAGAGGGGGCUGGCCCCACCUCGGAAACGUUGCGAGACAGGCACCAGAAGUAUUCUCAGCGUCUUCUGGAGAGCGCUGGAAAUGGCUACGAUCCAGAAUUCGCUCGAAUGGAAGCUUGGCUCGACGAGCAUCCAGAUUUCGUUCAAGACUAUUUCCUAAGAAAAGCCACGAGGCAGGUCGUGGACACGUGGCUGUUGUCUCACGCCACCCCCACCCCCUCCAGCGUGGAGCUGUCCUCGCCGACUCAUAAUCAGUCCAGGGGCGGAUCGGGGGCCACAACCCCAGUGAGGAAGAUCUCUGCUCACGAGUUCGAACGUGUUGGUCUUCUGAAACCGAUCAUCAGUACGGUUGACGGGCAGCCAACCUUCCUGACUGGAUCCGGGGACCCCCAGAGUAAUGGGGGUGGUCCUGGGAGUCCCACCCCGGUGCGUAGACAGAGGAGGUCCAGGCACGAACUCAGGCAGCUGGAUGAGAAGGAGCUGAUUUUUGAGUUGGUUAAAGAUAUCUGCAAUGAACUCGAAGUCCGUUCCCUGUGCCAUAAAAUACUGCAGAACGUGUCAAUGCUACUUCACGCUGAUCGUGGAUCGUUAUUUCUAGUCCAAGGGGAAAGGGGUGGCGGUUGCACACCCCUCCCGCCUGGGGGUAAACCCCGGGGUCGUUGUCUAGUCUCAAAAUUGUUCGAUGUUUGCUCCAGGAGUACGCUGAAGGAAAUGGAGAAGAAAGAUGAAAUCCGGAUACCAUGGGGUACCGGUAUAGUGGGGUACGUUGCAGAGAGUGGUGAACCGGUGAACAUACCAGACGCUUAUCAGGAUGAACGUUUCAAUCAUGAUAUAGACGCUUUAACUGGUUACAGGACCAAAACCUUGUUGUGUAUGCCGAUAAAGGACACCAACGGGGAUGUAAUUGGUGUGGCACAAGUCAUAAACAAAUUAGGGGACCAACCAUUCACGAAGCUCGACGAGGAAGUAUUUUCUAGUUAUUUACAGUUCUGCGGAAUAGGGUUAAGAAACGCGCAUCUAUACGAAAAAUCACAAUUGGAGAUCAAAAGGAAUCAGGUUCUAUUGGACUUGGCACGUAUGAUCUUCGAGGAACAGAGUACUAUUGAACAUGUCGUGUACAGGAUACUAACGCACACGCAAAGUCUUAUUCAAUGCCAAAGAGUACAGGUUUUAUUGGUAGGUGGUUCUAAAGUUAGUUUUUCAAGAGUAUUCGAUUUUGAAGCAAAUGACCUCGAUAUAACAGAGGACGGAGAAUCUAGAACUAGUCCCUUCGAGAGCCGGUUUCCAAUCAAUAUUGGCAUAACUGGGCAUGUGGCGGCAACAGGAGAAGUGGUGAACAUAGCCAGCGCUGAAGACGACCCCAAAUUCGACCCCAGCGUGGACGAUGGUACUGGCUUCAAGCACAAGACCAUACUGUGCAUGCCGAUUAAAAACUCAUCUGGAGAGAUAAUUGGCGUUAUACAGUUGGUCAAUAAGUUCAACGACUUACCGUUCACAAAAAACGACGAGAAUUUCGUCGAGGCGUUCGCAAUAUUCUGUGGUAUGGGAAUACACAAUACCCACAUGUAUGAAAAAGCUGUGAUUGCCAUUGCCAAGCAGAGCGUGACGCUCGAGGUGCUGUCUUACCACGCUACGGCCAGUCUGGAGGAUGCACAAAAACUUGGAAGUUUAAGAGUGCCAUCGUCAGCUCAUCUGAGACUCCACGAUUUUUCCUUCGACGAUAUACAUAUGACAGAUGACGACACGCUCACGGCAUGCAUUAGAAUGUUCCUGGACCUAGAUUUAGUGGAGAGAUUUCACAUGGACUACGAAGUAUUAUGCAGGUGGCUGUUGUCGGUCAAGAAAAAUUACCGCAAUGUCACCUAUCACAAUUGGAGGCACGCCUUCAACGUUGCUCAGAUGAUGUUCGCAAUUCUUACGGUAACGCAAUGGUGGAACAUUUUUGGGGAAAUAGAGUGUCUAGCUCUGAUGAUAGCAUGUCUUUGCCAUGACUUGGAUCACAGAGGGACGAACAAUUCAUUCCAAAUCAAAGCUUCAUCGCCCCUGGCACAGCUCUACUCGACCUCCACCAUGGAGCACCACCACUUCGAUCAGUGCAUCAUGAUCUUAAACUCCCCGGGAAACCAGCUUCUGUCCAACAUCUCGUCAGAGGAGUACUCCCGGGUUAUAAGGGUGUUGGAAGAGGCGAUUCUAUCCACGGAUCUCGCGAUCUACUUCAGGAAGAGGGGUGCAUUCUUCGCCGCUGUGAGGGAGGGGGCGUGCUGGCAAAUGGACGAGAACAGGGAAAUCAUGAGGGCCAUGCUGAUGACCGUUUGCGACUUGUCGGCCAUAACGAAGCCUUGGGAGGUGGAAAAAAGGGUUGCUGAGCUGGUAUCGUCGGAGUUCUUCGAGCAGGGCGACAUGGAGAGAGCGGAGCUCAACAUUACACCUAUUGAUUUGAUGAAUAGGGAGAAAGAGGACCAAUUACCCCUUAUGCAAGUUGGUUUCAUUGAUUCCAUUUGUUUACCAAUAUAUGAGGCGUUUGCCCUUCUUUCGGACAAUUUAGAACCUCUGGUGGUGGGGGUGAAAAAAAAUCGUGAAAAAUGGAUGGAAAUCGCUAUGGAUCAGAGUCUCAUAGCCAUUGACGAUGAGGAACGCAACAAUAACGAGAAUUCUCCCAAGUCGAAUAACAUGACUGACUCGAGUUCCGAUGUUUCAGCUACAGAAAGUACAACCAACUGAGAAAUAAAAGAAUUGUAUUAAAGUAUGUACAUAAUUAACCAUUAAUUAUUUAUUGUUAGUUUUAGCGAAAAGACUUAUGGAUUUGAAGAAUCUAUGAUGAAGAUAUUUUAGUCAUAUUUCCAAAUAAAUGAGAAAUUGUUACUGAAAUAAGAUAUACUAUUAACAUAACUUCGAAAUUGUCUCUGAAGUAACGACGAUCGCAAAUAAUUCAACAGCAUUGACGCUUACUGUCUCUUUCUCUUCAACUAUGGGCCUAUAUUAUCCAGUUUUUCGUAUUUCAUCAUUCCAAUAAAUGAGUAGAGCAGAAAUUUCAUAUAGUUGUCUUCCACAAAAAUAGUGAGACUCGAUCUGAUUGACAUCUUCAAAAAUUGUAUUCGUUUACGGGUCUAUAAUGCACCAAUAUUUUAUAUGACAUGUAUAACUUAAGAUUUUUGAAACAGACUCGAAAAUGUUUUGGAAUUCCAAAUUAGAAUACAGCUGCAAUAAAAACUGAUAUUCAAAAUUACAGUUUAUAAUAACUAAUGAAUAAAAUCUAUAUUUGGGAAUUCACAGCAUGAAAAAUUUCAAACCAAAGUUAAAUCUACAAGGGUCUAUUGAAUUUACACAAAAAAUCAAUCUACCAUUUAAUAUUACUCUUCAAAAGGCGAGAGGAAAUUUGUAAAUCUAGAACUAUAAAAAUAUUGUAAAUAACUGUCGCUUAAUCAAGAAGUAUAUUAUUUUUUGAAGUGAUUGUUUGAGCAAGAUUUGUAUUUACAGUAUUUAUUUAUUUUAUUUAUAUAUUUAUAAGAGGUCUCAGAUUUCAUGAGUUUUAUUUAAAAGCUCUCUUGUGUAAAUAUUUUAGAUUAUUUUAUGUUGUGAUAAUUAUAUUUGUAGGAAAUUUCAAAAAUGCAUUAAUUGAUCUUGUUGAUUGAUGAAAUUGUAGAGUGAUCAAUAACAAUGUGAACUAAGUGAAUUAGUAUUUUGGUUAAUGCAAGUUUUGUUGAACCUAGUACAACCAAAGUGAUUAGAAAACGAACUAACUUUUAGGUAAGAAUAUUUUUACAACUUUCAGUGUGAUGUCCACUUUAGUUAUAAGAUUAAAGUUUUCUGAUUUUGUUAUUCGAACAGUAAUAUUGAGAAAUAAUAUAUUUAUGAUCUAUU